GCUCUCCGUCUGUCUCCUCAGUUGUGGAGCAGUUCAUUGAAACUACAGCGGCUAGUGGGGAGAACCGACCCUUGCCACCGGUCCGUGCCUCUGUGGGGAAACCAGAGGAGCCAAGAUCCAGGGGCAGCGAGGAAGCCAAGCCACGCCACUUGAAGAAAAAGGAAACACACGUCCAGACAGAAGAUCUUAUGCCUAUAUAUUAAAAAAAAAUAAAAUAAAGGGACUUGUUCCGCCCAAUACCAACCCGAAGUCGAGCCAGGCAGAAGCACCAUGUCAAGAGACCCGAAGAGCCACAUGGAUGAAUGCGGCGCCCACUCAGCUCUGCUCCAGAUCUGCACGCAAGAAGUUGAGAGCACCCCUGGCAGUUCAAAGGUGCAGAAGAUGUGUUCCACUAGCCGGAUACUGCUGCUUGCUCUUACUUUCUUGGCAUAUACAGUUGAUUCUGUCUCUGCUUAUGGACCUGCUGAAACCCUCUGUGGUGGAGAGCUGGUGGACACUCUGCAGUUCGUCUGUGGGGACAGGGGCUUCUACUUCAGUAGACCCGUGGGCAGAAACAGAGGAAGACUGAAUCGUGGCAUAGUGGAGGAGUGCUGCUUCCGGAGUUGUGACCUUAAUCUCUUGGAAACUUACUGUGCAAAGUCAGUCAAGUCAGAACGGGACCUCUCAUCAACUUCUCUCAUAGUUUUACCAGCACUAAACAAGGAUACCUUUCAAAAGCCCCCUCACACCAAGUACUCCAAAUAUGACAUCUGGCAGAAGAAGAGUUCACAGCGCCUUCAAAGAGGGGUCCCCAACAUCCACCGUGCCCGCAGAUAUCGAUGGCAAGCUGAAGGAUUACAAGAGUCUGAAGAGUCCAAGGUCCAUCGUCCCUUGAUGGCCCUGCCUACCCAAAAGCCCAUUGUUGUGCAAGCCACCUCAGAACCAUCAGGCAGCCAGAAAUGAACUGUGAUGAACAAUUUACAAUAUGGAUUCUUCAUCAUUAUUAUUAUUAUUAAUAUUAUUAUUUUUUCCAGUCUCAUGGGAGGCAUUUCCCAGUCCUGGCUCCACCCUUUUUGCUCUCCUAAACCAUGGUGGAGAGAGGGGGGAGGGCAAAUGCCCUUUCACACUGAGGAGGAACAGGGAGGGGUACAGUAACACCAAACAACUGACCUAGAAAGAACGGGAUUACAACAUUGGUGGUGGUAGCGGCGGCAGCAUUUCUGUGGCAUUGUCUUUAUUUUUUUUAUUUUUAUUUUUUUACAAAUCUUUUGGUUUCGUUCCUUUCUUGCCCAGUAUUUUCAGCCUUUACUUAAAAGGGACAGUUAAGGCACUUGAACGAUUUAAUAUUGGGCCACUGCCUUUCAGUUCCUUAUGCCAACCAAUGAAGAUAGAAGAAGAGAAGAUUAAUGACACUGAAAGAAGCCCAAUGUAUGUCUGCAUUGACAAUAAAAGUGAAAGGGGUAUGUGACAUCUGAGGGUUUAAAUUCUGGCCUUGCUUCCAUCCCAUUAUAUUGUUUAAGAAGUCCCAGUAAGUCUAUAGUAUGUAUUGUGAGUUUUGUAAACAAAUUUGUUGCACAUUUUAAAAGCCAGAGAAGAAAUGAUGGGGCUCACUACCUUUUAAAAAAAAAUUACACAGUUCCAAAUGUACUUGCACCUUUUGAAAAUCACCGAUGAAGUGAGAGAGUAAGUGUGAACCUAGGUUCACUUUAAUGGAGAAGGCGUCUGCAUUGCACAUUUGCCACAGAUUUAGUUGAAUUAUAUAAAAUAUAUAUUAUAUAUAACUUUUUGUUUGGCAAAAAAAGCACUAUUUUUAAUGGGACCAUUGUGUGUGUGUGUGUGAGAGAGAGAGAGUGAGAGAGUGAGAGAGUGAGUGUAUGUGUGUAUGUAUAGAUAACUGAAGAGGGAUUGUAAUGUUUAAAUGUUGUUAUGGUGCUAAUGUAAGUUGGAAGAGGGGGAGAUGAACCCAGAAAAUUGCAACAGGGUGGGGCGGGAAGGACAAGAUCUCGAAUACUGAACUUGAAAUUUUUAGCUUUUCGUUUUAGGAAAGUGUGAUAAGUGUGUUCUUUUUUUCUUUUUCUUUUUUUCUCUUCUGAAAUAUAGCUUGGUCAUGACCAUAUGAGCUAAUUGCCUUUCACUCAUAUACAUAAAUGCACGCACAUGCAGAAACACAAAUACAUCUAUAUGCAUUUUAGGUCAAAACAAUUUGCCUUCCUUAAGUCCUUCACUCAGUCUCUUAAUAUCCAGAAACUAGAGCAGGUGUACUGCAAAAGCAUAUGCAUGUACUUAGUGAGUGAUUCCAUUUUAUUUCAUGGAGCUGUUCACUGCACAUAAAACACCCAUUUGCAGCUUGAGGGCCACCAUCUUCCUACCAAGUUUUGCCAUUUUCUAUCUGCCACAUUCUCUCUGAUCUGAUGCUGGUUCCCCCCACCUCAGUCAGACUAUUCAUAUCCUUCAUAUUUUACACAGACAUAAUUAAUUAGCCAAAUGGAGCCAUUUUAGGAGGAGUAGCUGAGAUGCCUAAGCCAUCUCUUUAACUGGCUGCUGCCUUUCUUUCCUUCCUCCUUGUCAGAAAGGGAAGGUGCAGGCCUUCUGAAGGCUCCCUGCAAUGUUUUCCUAGAGUCAGAAUAAGAGAUAACCACUUCCAAGACAUGAGAUUUUUCUUUUUCCUGCUGUAGGGAGCAAUGUUGUUGAGUUCUUGUUCCUGAGCACAGAAGCACCACAAGAAAAGUAGUGUGGGAAACAUAAUACAUCUGGAAAAAGAGUUGGUCUUUUUCAUUCCCUCACAAUUCUUAAGGGUCAAAGGUGGUUUUGUGCUGCCUCAUUUCCAUCUUUUAACUGCACAACCAAAAAUAAGAGAUGAUGUGUCAGAAAUGGGGAAAUGAAGAAGCCAGUUACUUUCCUUGAAGUCCAGCAUUUGGUGGGAAAGGUGGGCAGAAGGUGGCAAAUUGUUGUGUUUUUUUUUUAAGUUAAAACAACCAGUUACCUGUCUCAUCUAUGAACCAUAAUAACCAGGGGAAAUCAAUACCCCUAUCAUAUAUACUCAGUUGCUUUAAAAAAAGGGGGACAUCUGCUUUGCCUUAUAUAUAUAUCUAUCUGUAUAUCUUAAAGAACAUAAAAGAUUACUUGAAUUGUAUUCUUCUUUUUAAAGAGUAGGAUGUUUUAAUUUUUAUCUUCUUUUUUCCCCUUUUUACUCUGUAUUAACAGUUUUGAAUCUUCUGUCAUGCAAUAUUGAGCCAUGAAGCCUUUGGGGUUUUUUGUUCUCCAUGGCAAUGCAAAAUACAAUAAAAGUCCAUAAUCAGUUGUAAAUGGGGGGGGCAGUUGCAAAGAUUAGUAGAGAGAGGGGAGGGGAAACAUACGGGAUUGAAAGUUUGUAUUUGCAGACUCCUUUAAAAAAAAGUUAACACUAGAAUGUUCUUCAACCAAGAGUACCUACCUAGCCUUCUUUACAGUUUCUUGUAUUUGUUAUGCUAGAGAACUGAAUUUGGGGGAAAUGCUUUUUUGCAGCAUAACCGUGGUGAAAAGCAAAGGGAAUUUAUGUAUAGUUUAGGCUCAGUUUUGUAAUAGGCUUAACAAAGCUGGCCCUGAUGUUGCAAAGCAGUGAGGUGUGCUUAUUUUGAGCUUCUGGAAUACUGUUCCCUGGAAUGUCUGUAAAGUUAAAUACACUCUUUUAAGUGCUUGUUAAACAGGGGUUGGGGGGGGUGGAAUCUCUAGCUGGUGGGAGAGGAGAUAGAGACUGUUCUGCAAAGAAAAUGGGUCUGUAAGUUGGCUUUGGAAUAUUUCCACUUGGAUAAUGGUUCAGUGCUUACCUAAAUGUUCUGGAAAAGUAAUUUGCAGCUGUUGUUGAAAUUCCCCCCCCCCCCGGUGAUGUAGGGCCUUUUAGCUUAGUACCAGGUAGAAAUAGAUAAUGUGUUAGAAAAAAAUUAGGGGGAAAAAUACAGAUUCAAGGCCAAAUUAAUGAAAGGAUCAGAUUCCAAAGUAAUUAAGUCUGUGCAAAAACUUUGGAAUAUAAUCAAAAUCUGCCAGUUGGCUAGUAUCUUGGCUAGUUUUCUUCCUUUUCCAGGCUGGCAUGCACUGUUUAAGGCUUCAAUCCUGUGCAUGCACACUUGGGAGUAUAUUGAUUAGUAACGGUAUCUUUUAAUUGAGUAAAAACAAACAAACAAACCAAUCAUGCCUAUGAUUUGGGCUGCAUGCUUUAUGCAAAACUAGUGACGAUGCAAGUAAAUGAAAUAUGUCCAGUACUGGGAUAUUCAGAUAUCCCAAAGGGAGCACUGGAUCAUUCAAAUCACCAAGGUGCCUUGGAAACAUGAAGUUGAAACUUCAAACUGGCCUAGUAGUUCUGCAAAAUCUAUCCUAAGGCAUGUAGUGUUUUAAGUGAAUAGUCAGGAGCACUGUUGUCUUCUGGCCUUUUGUAGCCAUGAGCAAAAGCAAUACAUAUUUGAGGAGCUCAGCUUACUCUUCUAUACCACAAAUGCUAUUGUAGAUAUCAGCCUGUGUCAAAAAGACCAUUACAUGAAAGGGAAAGGGUGACUUAACUUCACAGUAGAAAACAGAGCACAACCCACUAGCAGUUAGGUGUGAAUUACCUUUAGCGGUGUAGCAGAAUUGAUUCUUAGGGCAUUUCUAGUUUACAAAUUAGUUUUAUUUCUCUUUUCUUCUUCUUCUUCUCUCUCUCUCUUUUCCUGGGUGGGGCAAUCCCACUUUAAACAACAAAUUCAAAACCAUUGCUGGAACUGGUCUGUUUUCUUCCAUCCACCUGGUGCAAAGCCACAGGCACCUGAGGGGGAGGGAGCCUGGUUUCUCCCAACUGUUUCCACUGUCUUACUGUCCCAUAACAAGCUUCAAUCAUUUCAUCCUGCCUGAUUGCAAAGGCUCAGUCUUUUGGUGAUGGACCUAGCUGCCUCUGCACUAAAUGAAGGGAAGAAUUGUCUUUGUUAUUUUGGAAAAAAAAAAACAAAAAACUUUUUUUUCAUUUUUGUAUGUGUCAUUGUAUGUAUUAUUGUCUGCUCAAGUUUUAUAUGAAGGG